GAUGGUAGUGUAUGUAAAAAUUAAUUUCAGCGUUCAUCGUCAGACAGUGGUGUGUGUAGUAGUGAACGAUACAACACUUUUAACAACGCAAAUGUAUACAAGUGAAUAUAUUGUACGUCUACAUCAAGUGCAAAAGAAAACACUCCAUAUAUACUUCCUCUCCAUCUUCUCAACAUCUCUUUCUGUGUGUGGAGUUCCCCUCAAAAUUCAAUAAAUAUUACAAAGGAACCUCGAGGCCACUCUGAACUGAUCUCCCUGCCACUCGCGACCUCCUCAACUUCUUCAGAUCUGCCAAACUCCCUGAUUUUAGUGUCAAAGAGCUCACAAUUUCACCAUCCUUUGUAACGGAAUUUCGGGGCGCUCUAACUUCUACGUCUGCGAUCUCGAAUUGAUAUAAUCUACUUUUCUUACUGGUGGUUUUGAAGCCACAGGGGUUUCGUCAUGUUGGGUCCUAAGGGUGGCAUGAAUUGGAAGGCUACAAAAGCACAAUUACCGCCAGCGAGAGCGAUAUGGGUGUUUCUUACAAGGACGCGAUUUCUACUAUGUGUUGCAUUAGCCGGUGUUGUUGUAUUACUAUGGAGAGGAAUUAGUACUUCAGCACAAGAGAUGCAAAGAUAUUAUUGCUGGGGGCCUUCGAAACCACCGAUGCAGAUGACAUUGAAUGAACAGGCCGACUGGAACGCGCAUUUACAAACACCAGUUAUCUUUAACCACCAUGAGCCAGUUGUUGUCAAUUCUACUACCAUUAAAAGUGUCGACCUCAAUCCUAUCCGAUCUACUACAAAAGCAAUUGCGAAUAAGGAACGGAUUCUGAUCUUGACCCCUCUCCGAGAUGCCGCGUCAUAUUUGCCAAAAUACUUUGAUUUGCUCUCACUCUUGUCAUACCCACACGAUUUGAUAGAUCUUGCUUUCUUGGUUGGCGAUUCAUCUGACGACACUCUCGCUGUGCUUGCUGCAGAACUCGACAGAAUUCAGGACGGAAAGGAAACCGAGGCAUUCAACAGUGCUUUGAUUGUUCAGAAGGAUUUUGGUGCGGUUUCGGGCCAGACCGUUGAGGAACGUCAUGCGUAUGCAGCUCAAGCACCCCGAAGAAAGAUCAUGGCUCGUGCCAGAAACUAUCUCUUGUCUGCGGCAUUGAAACCAGAACAUUCAUGGGUCUACUGGAGAGAUGCAGACAUCGUUGAUAGUCCUGAGAAGAUCAUUGAGGACUUCAUUGCUCACGAUAGAGAUAUCAUUGUACCAAAUGUCUGGUUCCAUCGAUACCGUGAUGGAGUUGAUAUUGAGGGUCGAUUUGAUUACAACUCAUGGAUCGAGUCGGAUAAAGCACUCAAGCUUGCCUCAAAGCUUGACAAAGACACAGUUAUCGUCGAGGGUUAUAAAGAAUUCGAUACCGGCCGCACUUACAUGGCUUUGAUGGGUAACUGGAGAGAAAACAAGGAUGAGGAAGUCAAGCUUGAUGGUAUUGGUGGAGUCAACAUUAUUGUUAAGGCAGAUGUUCAUAGAUCAGGAAUCAACUUUCCCGCCUACGCAUUCGAAAAUCAAGCCGAGACUGAAGGAUUCGCAAAAAUGGCCAAGAGAGCAGGGUAUGAAGUUAUUGGAUUGCCCAACUAUGUCGUCUGGCACAUGGAUACGGAGGAGAAGCCUGGUAACAACGUUUGAGAUGCCACUGUAUUAAGAAAUUCGUUCGGACACGUCUUAAUGAAUAUACGGAGUUUUUUUUAGUCAGAAAGAGAAGAUUUUGUAUGAUUGGAUUCGGAAAAGGAACCAACAUCCAGAAAGGAGGGGAAAAUGAUUCCCCCCAACCUAUUUUCGAAGGGGGUUUUUUAACUUCGAGAUUUCUUGUACCGAACUUUUUUUCCUUUUUCAUUCUAGGGGGUCCGGGAGUUUGAUCAUUUUUCACGAAUGAAGAUAAGGGCUUGGGCUUGUUAGCAAGCAUGGUUGCAAGGACAGCAUACCACUGUAAUAGAAAUGUCCCAAUUGCGAUUUGUUUAUGAAUGGUCUUUAUUUCUUCCGUGGUGCACUGGAUGAAAAAAUGGAGGAUGAUGAAUCGGAAGGCGGGGAUUUAAUGAGAAUGAGAAUGAGAGUGCGAAUGUGGUUGAGAGGGAUUAGAGGGACUAGAAAUUUUGAGAUUUGUAAUUGUUUCUAUGGGUAUAGGUAUUGAGGUAUCUAUGAAUAAUGGGGGUGGAUGGAUGUGUGUUGUGGAUAGUUAGGUAGUCUUGAGGAGAAAUCAAAAGUUUUGGGCAGAGGAAGGGAAGGAGAGUAAAGCAGAGGGUGGAAUAGAUAGAAUAGCUUACUAGGUAGAAACACUGGUUUGCGAAUAUGAGGAUGUUUGCA